AUGUUGGCUGCAUGGCACGGCACAGACUGGAAACUUUCUGUGGAAGAUCGUAUUGAAGCAGCAAUGCGACAUGCUUCCGUAUCUAUAGCCAUCACUUCAGUUACCGAUGCUACUGCAUUCCUUAUAGGAUCUACUGCAUCUCUGCCUGCUGUAAGCUCCCCUGCCGUCAUUUAUUUUUGCUACUAUGCAGCGGCGGCAAUAAUUUUCACAUUCUGCUAUUUGUUAAGCGCUUUCGUUGCUUUUCUGGCAAUUUUCGGAGACUGGGAGAAGAAUGGACGAAACAGUUUGCUUUAUAUCAAAACCACUUCGUCCUGUAACAUCGGUUGA